AUGAACGACUACGACGCCGAUAACGGGCCCCCACUCGUGGGCAUGCGCGCCCCGCUCCUCUACCAGCGGGUGAAGCUCCACGGCCUCGUCUCGCGGCCGGAGCUCAAUGGCUCCUUUGGCAAGGCGGUCUCGUGGAGCGAGGAGAAGGGCCGGUACGGCGUGCAAAUCGCGGGCCACGAGGAUAUGAUUGCGCUCAAGCCGGCAAACCUCGCGGCGGCCGGCGCCGAGGAGGGUGUCGUGUGCGGCCACUGCGGCGCAGGGGCGGCCAACGAGCGGUGCACGCGCUGCUUUGCCGUCUGGUACUGCAGCGCAGAGUGCCGGAAGCAGGGGUGGGCGGCUCACAAGCCGGCCUGCACGCCUCCGCCCGUGGCCGAGUUUGGGAGCGAGAUGUCGCACGCGCAGCAAGCAAAGAUUCAGCAGCACAUGCAGGCGGCGAUCGACGCGGGCAAACGGGGCUCGGCUGCCGGCAAGGCGCAGGAGAUCAAGAUGCUCCGGCAGAGCGCGGCCGCCGACCCGCAGCAGCCGAUGACCUGGUUCAACUUGGCGCAAGCGUACUGGGACUUGGGCGUCAAGGGCGAUGCGGUCGAGGCGAUGUGCAAGGCCGUCCACAACCUGGUCCGCGUGCUCAAGAACCCACAGGCGGUGGACCUCAGCGACCCAAACGCCAAGUAUCUGAUGGAGGAGCUGCCGCCCAAGGUGACGGCUACGGCGGCGAAGCUGCUCGAGGACGCCGUGGUUGGCCGGGGCGGCGACCAGCUCGAGUGGGACGAACGGCUGGGGCGCCUGCUGCAGACCCUCGCCGACCUCUGCGGAAGCCGGCUGCACCCGGGCGCGCGCAGCCUGACGCACUACGUCUUUGGCAACGUGCUGCGAAAGAGGCGCAAGAACGAGGAGGCGAGGGAGCAGCUCGUGCUCGCCGACCGCGCGGCGUGGAACGGCGGUCGAGGCGAGCGCGACCUGGUGUCGCUGUCGGCGAUCCCCGACGUGAUUGCCAACCAAGCGCUGAACCUGGGCGGGGCCGCACCCCCCGAGCUGUGGGUUGAGGCGAUCAGCGCGGCGCGCGAGGCGCUCGGGGCGACGCCGAGGAACCACCGCAUGCACCCGUCCGUGCAGCUGACGCUGGCGAGGAUGCUCUCCAACCGCAUCAGCAAGGGCCUCGCCGACGCGCAGGGCCACGUCAACGUCGACGAGGCGGCGCCGCUGGCGCGGGAGGGCGCCAAGCUCGCUCGUGCGGCGCGCGCGGCGGCGCAGGGGUCGGAUCCCCGGCUCGUGGCGCUGGCCGACCAGCUCCUCUCCCCGAGCCAGCCUUUCGGCCUGCUCGCCGGCGCGUGA